AUCCCCUGAUUCAGACCAUCGGGCGCCAGAAAAACGUUGAAAGCCGCCUUCGCUUCUUUCUCUCGUUCCUCUUUUCCCCUCGGACUUCCAGAAGGCUCCGACUCUCCUCCGGCCGGAAAUGGCGAUGCAGGCCGGGAUGUCCCCCUCGAAAGUCCUCAUUCUCGUCGGAGCAGGUCUGACUGGUUCCGUGAUAUUGAGGAAUGGUCGGUUGGCCGAUGUCUUAGCAGAACUUCAGGAAUUAAUGAAAGGUAUAAAAGAAGUGGAAGACUCCUCGAACCACUAUGAUCCUUCUCUUCUUGCAGCUCAGAUUCGGCAUUUGGCUCAAGAAGUUAGGGAUUUGACACUAUCUAGACCAGUGACCAUAUUCAAUGGUGAUUCGACUUCCAGUGGGAGUUUGUCAUCUUACAUAAUGCCAGCUGCUGCAGUUGGAGCAAUAGGGUAUUGCUAUAUGUGGUGGAAGGGCUGGUCCUUCUCUGAUGUUAUGUUUGUCACAAAACGCAAUAUGGCCAAUGCUGUUGCAAAUGUGUCAAAACAAUUGGAGCAAAUAUCUGCAGCUCUAGCUGCAACAAAAAAGCACCUCACCCAGCGGCUUGAAAACUUGGAUGGGAAAUUGGAUGAACAGAAGGAGACAUCUAAGCUGAUCAUGAAUGAGGUAAUUGAAGUUAAAACUGGUCUUUCACAAAUUGGAUUCGAUAUUGAAUCAAUCCAAAGAAUGGUAUCUGGAUUGGAAGGAAGAAUUGGACUUAUUGAAAAUAAACAGGAUACAACUAAUGCUGGUAUAUGGUAUCUUUGCCAAUUUGCUGGGGGCAUCAAGAAGGGAUUAGAUACUAAAUAUUUUCAGGAAGCUAGCGAGAAACUUAAAUCUACUCCUUUGUCAUUGACCUUUUCUGAGGACAAAUCCCUCAAGGGACUACAAUUUCUUGCUGAAACUAUCGAAGAUGGGGAAGCAGAGAAGUUAAAGACAAGGACUAUCUUACAGAAAGACCUUCAGGAAAAACUUGUCAAAAGCACUUUUUCCAAAGCUACAACAAUACACAGGUCAUACCCUAGCAUUGCUCGAAGAAAGGAAGGCCUUGCUUUAUGAUCAAAGGCACUUGCUAAAGUUCAUUAUUUGUAAUAAAACAUAUAUUUGAUUGAUUCAAUUUUUUGGCAUUAUUCUUUGCUUGAUAAAAGCUUUGCCUGGUCUAUGUCCAGCUUACUACAUGUCCAAUAUUACAUUAUCUGCUAAUCUGGCCAAUACUUGCCUGCUUGCCAAAAGUUCUCAUUUUCUUUUUCAUUGGACGUGUAUGAGUUAAAGAUAAGAUGUUUGUACUUCACUUGUUUUGUUCCUAUGAAAGUUGUAUAAUUGUAUGUUUCUCAGAAUACAUUUGAUGAGUGAUAAUAAUGAUUGAUAUGGUUGGUUACA